CCUUGCUCUAGGUUUAGAAUUUGUUGUAGUGCCCUAUUUUUAACUAGGCUUAUGGGUUAUUUUCUCAUGUUUCAGGAUUCUGAGUCUGAUCUUGAAAUUAAGGAAGUAGCAUGUAGCACUAGGCCACCAACUAAGUCAAAGAAAAAGAAGCACCAGGUUCGGCCCUCGAACAAUGAUUCUGAGUCUGAUUUUGACAUUAAGGAAGUGAGGUCACAAAAGCAAGUAGCAUGUAGCAGCAGGCCACCAACUAAGUCGAAGAAAAGGAAACACCAGGAUCAGCCCUCAAACAAAGUGAGUUAUCCCUGUUAUCCUGAUGCACCUUAUCUUUUUAAUGGAUAUAUCAGCAUUUUCGUGGCCAAACUAGUCUUUUUAA